CGGGAAUUUGACACACCCACGAACCUCAUUGUCUUGCUUAUUCCUCAGUUUCGCUUUCGCCAACGCAUCAGACCGUUCAAGAUGGCGAAAGAACGCACUGAGAAGUCCGGCAUCAUUGUCGGCUUGAACAAGGGCCAUAAAGUCACACCCAUCGACAACAAGCCUCGAAUCUCCCGGCGCAAGGGCUCGCUCAGCAAACGCACCGCCUUCGUCCGCGAAAUCGUCAAGGAAGUCGCCGGCCUGGCACCGUACGAGCGCCGCGUGAUCGAAUUGUUGAGGAACAGCAAGGACAAGCGUGCGAGAAAGCUGGCCAAGAAGAGGCUCGGUACAUUCGGCCGUGCGAAGAGAAAGGUCGACGAGUUGCAGCGCGUCAUUGCCGAGGCCAGAAGAACUGGUGCCCAUUAAACAUCGCCAAAAAUCUCUACCCCGGCUUUACGAUUGGGCAUUGCUUUUGACGAUGGAGAUGGAGAUGGGAGAGGCAUGAGGUGAUUGAGUGGAGCUGAACGGGAACGGGCUUGAGACAAAAAGCUCUCGAACCUGCAGGGGGGAGACCAUGAGGUGGUUUUCUUGAACCUUCGCGACAGUCAAGUUGAAGCGAAGAAUGAUACUGGGGAGGUGGGCGAGCAAAAAGCAUCUUGUGGCGCUGCUGUUUAAACAUGGAAACCUGUCCCUCGGGCCUGGCUGGCUAGCCAGCUAGCAAGGUCAAGGUGCAAGACCCUGGAACGACUUGCGGGUGGACGACAUCUUGAGCUUGGAGCAGAAUACGAAAAAAGGAAAGUACACUCUCCGGGGAAUGGGCAGGAAAAUUGCUCGCUUUGUCGUGUUGUUUACGCUCAGCAGAGAAAAGUGGCCCUGCCUGGCUUGCUUGCUACGUUCUUUGUAGGGCUGCUGCGGGCAACCGUGUCUCAGCAACGACCAACACCAGCGAGAACAAUGAAACCAAUGAACUGAACCAACGCCUGAAAACCCCAUCCUUGUCCUCGUCGUGAACACCAGCAACCUGUUGGCGUACUUAUUGGCUCGCCUAUUCGUUGAUAUCUAUCUGUAUACAGAGGCUACUUGGAGACCCGCCCCCCGGUUUCCGAC